AUGAAGACCGCUUUUCGCCGCUUGGUACGCUUCAAGACCUCUGAAGGGAAGAUCAAAUAUGGAGAGGCACCUUCUGAGGGUGCAUCAGUCGGUGAUGUGAUCAAAACCUACAAUGGCACUUUUCCUUGCGAACUUGAACCGUCGGACGAACAAGCCGUGGUCGGCGAGAUUCUGUGCCCACUGGCCUCCACGCCCAUCUUCUACGGCAUCGGGUUGAACUACAAGGGACACAUAGCCGAAGCCAAAUAA